GCCGACACGCGCGCUUCCUUCCGCCUGCUCGGGCUCUCGCUGGCUGGCUGGCGACAUGGGCGCUCAAGCGCUGUCGGUGUUCGCUUUUGUGUUCCUCGCCGAAUGGAGCAUUUUCGCGGCCGCCUUUUCGCAGGCGCUGGAUAGCGACUUCACGUUCACGCUGCCGGCGGGUCGGAAGGAGUGCUUUUACCAAACUAUGAAGAAGGACGCCUCUCUGGAGAUCGAGUACCAGGUGCUGGACGGGGCUGGCCUAGAUGUGGACUUUGUCCUGUUUUCUCCCUCUGGAGAUAUUCUGGCUACGGACCACAGGAAGUCAGACGGCGUCCACACGAUGGAGACCCAGGAUGGCGACUACAUGUUCUGCUUUGACAACUCCUUCAGCUCCGUCUCUGAGAAGAUCAUCUUUUUUGAGCUCAUCCUGGACAAUAUGGAAGAUGGUAUGGAGGGCGACCCAGAGGACUGGCGGGAGUACGUCCAGGGCACCGACCUCCUGGAUAUGAAGCUGGAGGACAUCUUGGAGUCGAUCAACAAUGUGAAGGCUCGACUGGGGAAAAGCGUCCAAAUCCAGACAAUCCUGCGAGCGUUUGAGGCGCGGGACCGAAACCUGCAAGAGAGCAACUAUGAACGGGUGAACCUGUGGUCAGCAACCAACCUGGUGGUCAUGGUGCUCGUGUCCAGCGUGCAGGUCUACAUGCUGCGCAGCCUCUUUGAUGACAGAAGGAAGACGCGCACAUAGCAGCCGGCUGGGGCCGUGGAUUUGGUCCAUCAGUACUUGUGCCCGCUGCCUGCAGUGCCCGGACUCUUGAUGUGGUCUCGCCGGCCGGCCGGCCCAGUUGACUGUGAGGCCCAUGGCAGCUGCUGCUUACCUUCUCCAUGGACCCACCACAAUUUUUAGUGGCUGAUGUUCACUUUAUGAGUAAUAAAAGUGUUGACAGAAGUACAGCAGCGGGGACCAUUGAGUGCCCAUGGUGUGGCCCUCUGCCAGCUGCUGCUGCUCCUUGA